UAACAAAUCCUGGGUCAGGGUGUGACAGCAUGUUGCACAGAGAGCUGUGUGUAGUUGCUGUUCUGCUGCUGCUCUGCGUCCACGGGCUUCACGCCUCGGCUCUUCCUGCCGUGUCCUCCUACGAGUUCAGAGCUUACAGGAUGCAGCAGUACAGCCUGGCACAACAAAUGCAUGGUUGCCGUGGAGCCAUCGUGGUUGCAGAGGCACGCUCAGCGGACGAGCCGGUGCUAACCCGUCGCUGCGUCAUCAUGAAGGUGAUGGACUUCACCACCGAGAAAUUCAUGGAGGCUCAGAGACAAAAUGCUGCUGCCAUUCUGCUCCUGCUGCCCAAAAAUAUCUCCAGUAUCCCCCAUGACAGCAUACAGUUCUUCAUGGUGAGCGAGAGUGCAGUCUUGCUGAAGGAGACCCUCAUGCCUGUGUACGUGGCACCUGAGGAUGAACAGCUGCUUUGCAUGUAUGAGGAGGUCAAGCAGGCCGCAGCUACCCGGACCUCAUCUGUAUUUAUCAGAGUCCUUCGCAGUAUGGUCACAGCCACCGCCUUUCAGAUCCUUGUGAGCAACAACACCCCGAUAAAGGCCUUCAAUGACAACGCUGUAGUCACACUGGAGGGAGUUCUAGCUGGAGCCGGCGAGGAUCCACCCACCAUUGUCAUCACUGCCCACUAUGACUCCUACGGGCUGGCACCAUGGCUGUCUUAUGGAGCAGACUCGAAUGGCAGUGGGGUCACCAUCCUGCUGGAAUUGGUGCGUCUGUUUCAGAAGCUUUACAGAAGUCCAAGCACCAGACCGCCAUAUCAUUUAAUGUUCUCUUUAACUGGAGGGGGGAAAUAUAAUUUUCUUGGCACAAAGAGAUGGAUUGAAGAGAAUCUGGACCACGCUGAGUCCAGCCUGCUCCAUGACAAUGUGGCGUUUGUUCUGUGUUUGGACACACUGGCCAACAAUGAUGAACUGUACAUGCAUGUGUCCCGCCCUCCUAAGCCUGACACUCCCAUGCAUGCUUUCAUUCAACAGCUGGAGGAGGUGGUGUCAUCUAGAUUCCCCUGGGUGAAGGUGGGAUUGGUCCACAAGAAGAUCAAUCUUGUGGAGUCUGCAGUGGCCUGGGAGCACGAGCGGUACAGCCUGCGCAGGAUACCAAGCUUCACUCUGUCUCACCUGGAAGACCCCAAAUCUGAACUCAGAGGCUCCAUACUAGACACCAUGUCACAAGUGGACUUGAGGAAACUUAAGCGUAACGGCAUCAUCAUAGCAGAAGCACUGGCACAUUAUAUGUACAACCUCUCCGACAAGGGGUCACCAAAAGAUAUUCAGCUUUUCAAGGGCCAGAUGGACUUCUACGACAGUCGCAUUUCUAAUCUGAUGUCUGUCUUGACAUCGGUCCCUCGGGCAACCCAGUUGCUGGAUAAGGAGCCCGGUCAUGUUUUGCUGGUUAACUCACUUGAGCAGGAGUUCAAACAUUACCUACAGCAAGUUCAUAAACACACCUUCAGACAAGAUAAGAGGGACCCUGAUAUUACAUUUUAUGAUCAAAUGAACCAACCGAUAGUGAUGUACAGAGUAAAGCCUGCAGCCUUUGAUCUCUUCCUUGGCGGCUGUAUUGCAGCCUACUUGGGGAUCAUUUAUUAUGCCAUUCAGAACUUUGGGUUUUUCUACACAAAGCUCAAAGCAGCAGUGAAGUCCAAGCAGCAGUAAAUCAGCCUGAAUGCUGGGAGUGGGGGACACAGGAUUUGGAGUGUGAAUGUUGGACCCCAGCUUCAAUGGCAUAACAUCAAAGCAAC